AUGUCGAAUCUCAGCGUCCAUCGCACACGCAUUGCCAUCAUUGGCGGCGGUCUUGCCGGGACAGUCCUGGCCAACGCUCUCCUGCCAAGGGCCCAUCUUGACGUGCACAUAUUCGAAGCAGACGCGUGCUUUUCAGAGCGCGGUGCUGCCAUUGGCCUGUCUAGUACCGCACAGUCUGCGCUGAAGCAUGUAAUUCCCUCGGCUGAUGAGCUCUUGGCCAAGGCUGGGGCUGUCCCCAUGAAUUCUACCCGGACCAUGAUUAGAAAGGGCUCGGGCGUGGCAGCAGCGUCGUUGGUCCUGGACUUCGCGCGCACAAGUCAGGGCAAGGUUGUUCAUCGAGGGUCCCUGCUCCGCGAGCUUCUGUCCGGCUUACCCUCCAGCAUGUUACACACGGGCAAGAAACUGAUGGACAUGAAUUCGAGUGAUGAUGGGAUCGAACUGACCUUUGAAGAUGGAUACAUGGCCAGAUUCGAUGCAGUCGUCGGUGCGGACGGUAUAUUCAGCAGGGUUCGCGAACAUGUCACUCGGGACCCUGGUGGCGUGUACGCUGCGUCGCCAGCAGGAUUCUGGGACUGCAGAAAUCUAGUCACAGUUGAAAAGGCCAGGGCCAUGCUCGGACAAGACUUGUUUCGCGUUCAUCGUCAGUAUGGGUGGAUUGGCAACGGGGCGUUCAUCAUGCACGACGUCCUGGAUCACGGACACAAGAUUCAGUGUGUAAUUUCGGGCGUGGAAGCAAAACAGGCCAAGCAUAGAGCUACUCCUUUAUCGAGGCAUGACUUGAACUUGGUGCUAAAAGAUUGGCUCGAUGGCCCCAUUGCCAAGGGCAUGAUCGAGCUCGUACUUGACCAGGACAACCCGCAACGCUUCUCGCAGUGGGAGCACAAGUCAACACCGACAUAUAGCAACGGCAGGACGUGCAUCAUGGGCGACGCAGCUCACGCGACGACUCCUUGGCAGGGCUAUGGACUCGGCCUGGCCAUUGAAGAUGCCGUCAUUCUCAGCACUCUGCUGGCCGAGUCAUCUUGUCGAGGUAUCAACGCUGCCUUGCAGGCAUAUGAUGCCGUACGGAGGCCCAGAUGCCAGAUGCUCAUCGACUCGAGCAGGGGCACUGGACGAAUUCUCUGCGGACAGGAUGGCUACGCAGGCCUGGACCCUGGGAGAUUGAAGCAGGUGCUCGCUCCGCGGUGGGAUUUCAUACACGGCCUAGAUAUCGAAGCUCACAAACAAGACGCGUUGGGUGCGCUGAAAGAAUUACAAGCAUCGACGAUGGAAUGA